CCAUCGCCAUCGCCAUCGCCAUCGCCAUCGCCAUCGCCAUCGCCAUCGCCAUCGCCAUCGCCAUCGCCAUCGCCAUCGCCAUCGCCAUCGCCAUCGCCAUCGCCAUCGCCAUCGCCAUCGCCAUCGCCAUCGCCAUCGUCGCCAUCGCCAUCGCCAUCGCCAUCGCCAUCGCCAUCGCCAUCGCCAUCGCCAUCGCCAUCGCCAUCGCCAUCGCCAUCGCCAUCGCCAUCGCCAUCGCCAUCGCCAUCGCCAUCGCCAUCGCCAUCGCCAUCGCCAUCGCCAUCACCAUCACCAUCACCAUCACCAUCACCAUCACCAUCACCAUCACCAUCACCAUCACCAUCACCAUCACCAUCACCAUCACCAUCACCAUCACCAUCACCAUCACCAUUAGUAUCCAGUUCCAGUGUUGUUCAACCUAGUCCAUCUCCAUCGGAAUCCAGCUCCUCCAGUGUAGUUCAACUUACUCCAUCACCAUCAGAAUCCAGUUCCAGUGUGGUUAAACCUACUGCAUCACCAUCAGAAUCCAGCUCCAGUGUUGUUCAACCUACUCCAUCACCAUCAAAAUCAAGUCACAGCUUUGUCCUACCUACUCCAUCACCAUCAGAAUCCAGCUCCAAUGUUGUUCAACCUACUCCAUUACCAUCAGUAUCCAGUUCCAGUGUUAAUGUUAGAAUUACUGCGACUCAGUCAUUAUUCAAGUCCAGCUCUGUUUCAGUUGUCACAACUUCUUCAACCGAUUCUCCAACAACCCUCCCUACAGCGGGAAUAACGACCUUCGGAAUUGUGAUGACAAUUGACCGCGAUUAUAACAACCAAUUGAGUAAUAGCGACAGUCAAGAACAUAAAAAUUUAAGUUCUGAAAUUAAGGGUUUCCUGUUAACAUUAUAUCAACCAUUCCCAGGAUUUCUUAGCAUUAGGAUUAUUUUGUUCUCACCAGGAAGCAUCGUUGUGGAUUUUGAUGUAAUAUUCAACUCCACUGAAGCUAACACCACCAUCCAAGAAGUUAUUGAGCCGAUUCAAAAAGCGAAAGAUAAUAACAACGCACCAUUUAGAAUUUUAUCGGUAGCAGAAGAAGAAGAGGUUGUUCAAACUACUCAAGCACCAUCAAAAUCCAGUUCCAGUUUUAACGGUACGUUUUAA